ACUUCAGUCUUUGGGAAUAUGGGUUUGUUACAGAGCCGUAUCUGGUUUGUAUAGCCUCAUGCGCCCCCUACAGUCCCUGUCAGCUAAUUGGCGCGCUUAGCCUAGAAAUCUACCGGCAGCAAAUGAUGUGGGCCUGGCUCGUAAGGCUAUGACGCGCACGCACACAAUAUGAGGAAGUUGUGCCACACGUGAAACUGAAACUGAUGUGCUUUGUGAAGUCCAGACUCAGAGCUUUGUGAAUUGUCUUUCAGCAGCGUAGAGGGAAUGGCAGAGGCUAUGACAUACAACCAGGACCUUUUUACGUGUCCGAUUUGUUUGGACAUUCUCAGGGAUCCAGUGACUCUUCAGUGUGGACACAAUUACUGCAUGAGUUGCAUUAAGGGCUGCUGGGAUCAGGAAAAUCAGAAGGGAGCCUACAGCUGCCCCCAGUGCAGACACACGUUCACUCCAAGACCCGUUUUAUACAAAAAUAAUAUUGUUGCAGAGCUUGUGGAACAGUUCAAGAAGACCAGAAUCCAAGCUGUUGUUCCUGCUCCUGUUGUAUGUGCUGGUCCCGGGGAGCUGGAAUGUGAUCUCUGUACUGACAGAAAACUCAAAGCUGUCAAGUCCUGUCUGGACUGUCUGUUGUCUUACUGUGAAACUCACUGUAAAGUUCACAACGAUGUAAAUCCCUGGCGAAAACACAAGAUAAUUGACGCUACAGGCCAUCUACAGGAGAGGAUCUGCACUCAACAUGAGAAGACUCUGGAGAUAUUCUGUCGCACAGAUCAAACUUGUGUCUGUUAUCUCUGUAUGGUGGAUGAACACAAAGGCCAUGACACUGUGUUAGCCUCUGCAGGGAGAAAGGAGAAACAGACACACUUUGAGGAGACCCAGAGGAAAUUUCAACACAGAAUCCAGGAGAAAGAGAAGGAGCUGCAGGAGCUGAGGAAGGCUGUGGAGACUCUCAAGAGCUCUGCAAAGACAGCAGUGGAGGACAGUGAUAGGACCUUUACUGAGGUGAUCCGCUUCAUUGAGAAAACGCGCUAUGAGGUGAAGGAGCAAAUCAGAGCUCAUGAGAAGGCUGAGGUGAGUCGGACUGAAGGACUCCUGAAGCAACUGGAGCAGGAGAUUGCUGAAUUGAAGAUGAGAGAUGCUGAGCUGGAGCAGCUUUCACACUCGGAAGAUCACAUCCUUUUCCUCAAGACUUUCUAGUCAAUCAGUGACCAACCUGAAGACUUAUCUGGUAUCUGUGUCAACCAGUGCAUCUCUUUUGAGGCUGUGAAGAAAUCUCUCUCCACACUGAAGGGGCAACUGGAGGAUUUCUGCAAAAAGGAAGUAACCAAGACAUCAGCAGCUGUGACUAGAGUCCAGACUUUUUGGAACAUACCUGCAACCAGAGAGGAAUUCCUACAAUAUUCUUGUCACUUCACACUGGAUCCAAACACAGCCCACAGAAAACUCCAUCUAACUAAAGGGAACAGGAUGGUGGAAGUUACAGGAAAGUUGCAGUCAUAUAUUGAUUAUCCAGAGAGAUUUAAUAAGCUGUAUCAGGUGCUGUGUAGAGAGGGUGUGUCUGAAUGCUGCUACUGGGAGGUUGAGUGGAGUGGAGAGGAUGGUGUUGAUAUAGCAGUCUCAUUUGAAAGCAUCAGCAGGAAAGGAAAUGACAAUGACUGUGCAUUUGGAUGUAACGAUCAGUCCUGGACUCUGGAACUCAGGAGCUCCAGCUCCUCCUUCUGGCACAAUAAUACAGAGACUGAACUCCCUCUAGUGGCCAGCCCCAGAGUUGGAGUGUAUGUGGAUCACAGGGCAGGAGCUCUGGCCUUCUUUAGUGUCUCUGACACAAUGAGCCUCCUGCACAGAGUCCAGACCACAUUCACUGACACACUCUACCCUGGCUUUGGAAUUGGUACUGGCUCAUCAGCGGAGCUUUUGGGAUUCACCUAUAGGCUAUAAUUACAUUUUUGUAUGUGUUAGUUAUCCAUGGUUUACAGUAGUCCACAGAGCUGUUGAUCUAUGUGCUGCUCUUCGAGAGUCUGUUCGAGGAGGUCGCUCAGGACUCAUGACUGGUAGGCUAGCUUACCAUACCUCUCAGAGAGAUCUACUGCUAUCAGAGGUCCAGUGACCUGCUUGUCCGCAUGCUGCCCUUCCAGCAUUUGGUCGGAGAGAUCACUCAGGACUUUGGAAUUGCCUAUAUGCCACGCAUUUCCUGGAAGGCUUUUCAGCCAGCAUAAACUUUUCCGAUUGACCUAUGUUGUUUUAGCGUACCUGUUUACACAGACCUGGUUGAGUGUUACACCUAAAUAAAUGUGCGUGGCAUAUAGUCCAUUGAUCUGCUUCCAGGACUCUGCUAUUCCAGGAGUUAGGAAUCAUGCUCAUGGAUAUGCUGGCUGGUGAUUGGAUAUUAGCCAGUUACAUAGAGACAGCUCAAUGGACAGCUGAAUCUUUUGUUCAUCUAUCCCUCCAUUGUUUGUUGCUCAUGUUAUGUACCAGCCUAUUCAAUAUGGUAUGUGCUUUUUUCAGUAUAAUGCACUUUUGUGAAAUGUCUGUUUAAUUUGCUAUAUAGUCUAUAUAAAUGUGACUUAUAUUUUGUAAUUAUUUCAAAUAAAGCACAGUUGUUUCCCACUGCUCUGGCAACUGAGUU